CUCCCUCCUCUCUUUUGUUACCUUUAUUCAUUAUUUCAUUCAAAGAUAACAAGAAGAGAAAACCCUAGCUAGCCUCCACCGCCGCUGAACGGUGUGACCGGUUGCCGCCGUCCGUGGCUGUCCGAGGAGUUUCUCUUUGUACUGUCCGUGUUUUUCCAAGUCAGAUCCCCUAUUUGAUGUCUUCUUCAUCACUCCGCGCCCAUCCUCCGUCGGAUUCUUCCUGCUGCUCGCGGUCGUCUUGUCGCCGUCGUCUCGGCGUCAUUAUCUCGAAGAUUAUAGAGAAAAAAAACCAAUAACUUGAAACACUUGCACACAAACAUGCCCAGUCCUAACAACAGCUUUCCGAUGGAUCCUUUCUUGAGUCCUUUCCCUGUUCUCAGAACCUUGGUUGUAACCAUGAGAAAAAAUGGAUAGACAAUAUGAUUUGUUAGAGAUGAUUGCACCGCCAAAAGAGAGCUGGAAGAUUCAUGUCAGAGUAAUCAGACUCUGGUCUUUACCAAAAUUCAAAGACCCCAAAUCCAGUAGCUCUAUUGAAAUGGUGUUGAUGGAUGAGCAGGGAACAACUAUGCAUGCUUCUGUAGGUGAGGAUCUGAUAUCUGUGUUCGAGUCAUUGAUAUCGGAAGGAACUGUGUAUUUUUUACAUACUUUGGAGUUAACAACAACUGUGGGUUGUAUCGCACAACAUCGCAUCAAUUUCGGUUGUUUUUUCAAGAUAGAACUACUGUCUUACCCUCUUUCUGUGAUGCAAUACCGUUAUAUGGUAUUAAGUUGGUCCCUUUUAGGAAAAUUAUGGGAUACUCUCCUCAUCAUCCUUUUUUGGUUGACGUUGCUGGAGUUAUGGCCGGCGUAGAGGGUGAGAGGAAAUACAUGAAGGAUGUCAAACUUAUUAACAUGAUGGUCAUUCAUAUUGAGAAUGACGGGUGUAUUUUUUUCAACAAUCCUUACUCACCACUUAAUAUGUUUAAAUAAGUAAUCUUUUAUUUUCUAAAUAAUUUGCAUUUCUAUACAGUUUACAGCUUAAUAUUGUUGUUCUUGAAGAGAUGGUGGACUGGAUCAAGGAUUUUCUAGCAUCGGGCGAUCAACAACUGCCAAUAGUUAUUUUUCAAUUUGCAAGAGUAAAAAAUUUACGUACCAAUAUUGUGCAGAACAUUAUGUAUGGUACUAGACUCUUGAUAAAUCCAGAUAUUCCUGAGGCUUUGAUGCUUCGAAAAAGAGAGAUCUCGCAGUACCUGUCUGUGGUUUCUGGCAAACCAGCAUAUCUUGAUGAAGAUGAAGUUUUAUAUUCCAUUGGGAGGAAGACAAUAAAGGAGUUACGUGCUGCUGCGGAUGUUGGAUUCUAUGUUGUUCGGGCCACUGUUCUUGAUGUUGAACCCGUUCCAAGUUGGUGGUAUAAAUCAUGUGUUUGCAGCGUGAAGGCAGAAGCUAAUGCGGAUGAAUACUUCUGCGAUGGCUGUAAUAAGAACGUGAAUAAUGUGGUUGACAGGUAUAAGUUGAAUUUGUUGGUUUUUGAUGGUACUGGUACAACGAACUUUGUUGUGUUCGAUAAGGAGGUCGCAGCACUAUUCGGACGAACAUGUACUGAGAUGGUGAAAGAGUUGAAUGAAAAAGGGAAAGCAAGCAAAGAUCCUACUGGUUUUAAUGAGUUUUUCCUUGAUAAGGAGUUUCUAUUCAAGGUCGAAGUAAAAACUACUGGAUGGUGCGAUUCUUAUGAUGUAUCGGUGAUACGUUCUGAUUCUACCAAUUUACCGAGGUGGAGGGACACUCAAGGCCCGGUAAAAUCUGGUGUACCCAGUGCUGGUCCUAUUAACCCUAUGCAUUCUCGAGGUGAAGAUGGAUGUUCUGUUUGUGAUGAGUCACCUUAUCCAAUUGUGAAAAAUUUGUCUGUUAUUAAAAGACCUGUUGUGAGGCGUCUGUUGGAUGAGUUCAACAUGUCUGGUACUCCUUCCAUUAAAAAGUAGCUGCUGUGAAACAUGAUGUUUUUCAUGUAAUGGAGAUAAAGGAGCAUGUUUUAAAGGUUUGGUAAAGUCUUGGCUAUGACUAUUGUUUAUUGAGAGAACAGAUACUAUUCAAAUUUUAAAAUAUUUUAAAUUAAAUAAUUAUUGUUUUGUUUUAUUUAA